CCGGAAAACUCGGCCGGCUCAACACACUUGUCGCUGGCGUGCACCUGACAAGCAUUUGAGACCGCAACGCUGGCCAUGGCGACCUCAGAAGGGUUGUAUCUCCAGACGCCCAUUGAAUUCAUCUACAAUGUGUCGCAUAAUGCCGCUCAGGCCGUUUCACGGUUCUCGCAGGGGUGGAUAACAUGUGAACGCCUUUUCGAAACGGCGCUCCUCAAGGUCGGUACCCAGCCUUUCUGGAAUUGCAUAGCAGUGUUAGUGGAAUGUUGACAUCUGACUUUAUUGCAUAUCAGCAGCAUGCAUCUCGGGUUGAGCAAGCCUUAUCGGAGAUCUCCCUGAACCUUGCGGGCGUUGUUUCAUUGGCAGAUAUAUCAACCAGUUCUCAACGGACUAUUCUAACGGGAACAGCGACUCUUCUAGACAGCCUUGUGCUCUGCCCUGGAAUUCAUCGCCAACAAUAUGUUGCGGAUCUCAGUAAGGGCGAGUAUCCAGCAGCAGCGAACAUGGUAACGGGUUAUGUCUUCCGCAUCGAGAAUCCAGCCACCGUGUAUUACCUCCAGAGUGUUGGAAAGACAGGUUCUCUGACCACUGUCGAGGUUACGAACAUCAAAGGACAUUCGUCGGGCAGCUCGCCAGAGAUGUUCGUCACGACCAAUAAUGCCAGCAAUGUCUCCACUAUUGCUUAUCUUGGAGCGGUCUCCCUCUCCAUUAUUGCGGUCGGGGUCUUCAUCCUUCUAGAAGACUGGUGGGCCUUAUCCUUCGCAGUGAUAUUGAUGUUUGUGCGCUUUCUCAACGUUAUCUUGAUACGACGACGAAGCAAAUUCGAGUGGUCGGGUGCCCGCGAAGGAGACAAACGAGGGGAUCUUCUUGUUCUUCUCAGCCAAGACCGCUGGAUCAAGGUGGUUGGUAACGUGGAUAACAUCAAAGCGGUCACCUCCGGCCAAUGGGUUCGUGAUAUGUCAGCUGUGGAGAGCUGGGUAGCUGCGUGUGCAACAGUGAUGGUAUAUUUCAACGUGGCCGUGGCCAGUAAUGCAACACAGCUGGGGAAGAUCGGACUCGUCUUUUUGUUGACUUUGUCUGCGGGUCUGCUUGCAUUAGCAAACCAGUGGACCGCAAAGCUGCAGAUGCACGGCAACGUGCUCAGUGUUAAGGACCAGCCAAAACGUUAUGAGCGACGGCUCCAUCUGGCGAGAGAGCUGGUCGAAGAGUAUGGUGGAAAGACCGACUGGGCGGUGGGGAUGGGAAUGGUGAGACCCGAGGAUAUACUUCCCCCGCGAUCACGUGCUGGGGGAAACGCGACCCGGAGGCAGAGACCAUUCAUUGUCCACGAGCAGUCAAGAAGUUGAAACUGCCAAUCUCCAGCCUGUGAUAAUGUAAUCGAUGGCACAUUGGGGUGGCUGCAAUGUAAAGCAGAAUCAAUCCCCGG